AGAGAAGACUUUUGGUUAUUAAACUUAAUGCACAUUUUUUGUAAAUGUGAUGGAUCGAUAAAUGAAAAAUGCGAUUCGAGUACCAGUGGGACAUGUUCUGGUUAUUACUGUACCAAAACAGUCAGCGUGUUUAACGGUAAAGAGAUUGACCGUGGCUGUGCACCACUAAAUAUCGCCGCUGGUGAAAACUGCUAUACCAUCAAUGCUACUCGCGACGUGGUAAAACCUCUAAAUGCAAUGGAACGUAGCAGACGCAGUGUCAAAAAAGUAACUGGAACGAUUACCUACUGCUACUGCAGUAGUGGGGAUUACUGCAACGGUGCAAUAUCUGCAGCACAGUCUUUGUUACUGCUCCUUGUUGGCAUUGUUUUCGCACUAUUUUAA